AUAUAAUUCUUGAUUCACAGCAUGAGGAAACUGCUAAAAAACUAAGUGAACUUCUGUUAUGGGAUUGUGAAAUGAGUCCUGUUACUCCAUCCAUAUUAGAUGCAUUAACCAAUUUGACAUUAACACCUGAAUUGCAAAAAUCAGUGAGUGAAAAUGUGAUGAAAUGUUUGGGAUCUGUGCAGCUUGAUUAUCUUCCAAAUGUGGUGCGUUUCCUUGUGACGGUCACAAAUUCUGAUGAGAUGCCUAAGAUUGUAUCAAGCUUUCGUCAACACCUGGAUUUUACUUCACCGCUGCUAUCACUGGCAGGGAAUUCAAACACUAAAGGAUCCACUUCAGUCGAGAACUGUGAACUACUGACUGUGGAAGUUCUCAAAUUAUCAGUAAUGAGUUUUCGGGCAAUGGCAGAAGCUUGGCUUAAUGCAAUCAAGGGAGUACAUUCUGCAUCUAAACAUAAACCUCUUGAUUUGAUAAUGCUCUUGGUUCUUCAUGCUAAUGUUCCAGUUGCACAGUCAACUGUACAAGCUUUAUUUAAGAGCAAGGCACGGUUGGGCAUUUUCCGUGAAAAACUACUUGUUACUACAUUCUCAACUAUGCUGGUGGUUAUCAAGGAAUAUCGUUCUGCCCUCAUGGAGAUUUUAUUUGUACUGUUGAAGUCCCCUGAUCCAGCAGUAGUAGAUCACGCGUCAUGUUGGUACAAGUUAUGCCUUCUACAUCUGCCUUCCUGGCAGGCACAGGCUGUGGUGCAGCGCCUCCUGAUACAUGUAGGGACAGGCAGUGCUGGGACCAUGCGCGCUGCUCUCUCUGUGUUGACUACUUUGGCAAUGGAGAAUUUGAGUACAUUACUGCCACAUCAGUGGCUACUUUUGAAUCUGCUUGAUAAAGUUCCUGAUGUGGAUGCCAGUGUGGUUGAAAUGAUCAUGGAGAUGUUAUGUCGUGUAGCCUUUGGCUCUGAAACACACAGUGGUAGUGCCAUGGAUGAUAAUAUUCUCAUGCUUGCACGCAAGCAGCUGGCAAGCUGGAGCCCAGAGGUGAGAAAGAAGGGUGUAAUUGGUGCUAUACUAGCUGCAAAACACAUGGCCUCAAAGGAGACUGGAAAAGAUUCUGUUGUUGGUGACAAUAUCAAGCAGGCCAUUGAGCUCAUGGAAUGGGUGACAACAUCAACUGAAUAUUUCCCUGAUGCAACAGGUUUAUUUUUGGACAAAUUGUCAUCUGUAUUGUGCAGUGUUGAAGUUUUGAAUGACAGUUUCUUGUCUUGGAUCACAGACUACAUAGGUCAAAGCUUUGAAGAAAAAUACGUUGUUCCAAGGAAAGGUUUAACAUUUGAGGAGGAUUUGAAACUGAUGUUCAAUUUGGAUGAACCUGAAGAAGAUGAUGAUGAUGUUUGUAUUCCUAUUGCUCAGUUAGUGGAUCGUGAUUGUCUCACCAAACGAUCCCAAUAUCCACCGAUUGUGGUAAUGCCUGCCAGCCUCCGUCUAGUUCGAUGUGUGAAGUACCUGGCCUGUGAAGGAAAUUUAGGAGAUAUUGCAGCUCUUCUCACAUGUCCGGUUCUUAUGCCUUGUAUUAUGGAGCAGGAGGAUGGUUUGGAUUUCUCAUGCCCCCAGGAGCAAAACUUUUUGCUAGAUUGUAUCUUUCAUUGUGUUAACUGGUUCAGAGAAUUAAUAUCAGCUUUUGCUUAUCAAAAGAAUGCUGAAUUGCGUAGAUGUGUUUUGCUGCGUUUACAAAGCUUAGUGGACUUGCAGAAGAAGUUAGCCAAGUGGCUGACGCACGCCAUUGAUUAUGUUCCUCCUCCCUGCCAGUUCUUUGCAAGUGCUAAACCUCCAAAGCUUUCCAAAGUCAAGAUGACCACCAAAAAAAAGGGAAAGAAAAGGAAACGGAAAUCUAAGAAGGGUAAGAAGAAGCCAAGGACAUCAGAUGCAAGUGAAAAUGCAGAAGGAGAAGAGGUAUGAUUUGAA